AUGGUUGUCUUCUUUCAUGCUAAAGUAUUGUCUAGAACGAAGAAACUGGAUACCUCUUUUCUUCUUAGCAGUGACCUGCAUAGGACAUUGUAUGGCUUCAUUGUAUUUGAAGUCGCAUGGUCCAAUGUUCGAGGUAUUAACUACUACAACGAGCUUCAGACUGAUACCUCUCUGGCCAUAGAAGCAAAAUUCAUGCAAAGAUGGGAAUUUGACAACAUUGAUCAAGCAGCAAGAUGUAUGUCUUCAUGGUUCUGCGGAACAGGUUCGGAGAAGCUUUGUUUGAAAGAGCACCUGGAAUCAACAAUUGGAGAGGUCUUCUAUGAUGUCGAAGAAGAUUUUCCAAUGCUGAUCACUUUUGAUGAUGACUAUGAUGAUGGUUGUUUCAGCAUUGAGGAUAGUUUCUCCCAUGAUCGUUGUGACAAUCUCGAGAUUUGCUCUGCAACUAUGGACUUGGAAACUUUUGAGCCAUACCCCUCUGCUCCUAUUGGGCUCUAUAAUAGAAGGAAAGGCACUAAGGCAAUUAUUACUGGAGUUGACGUCUAUUGUGAUGAAACCCAAAGUGAAGCCAAAAAUUCAUUAGACGACUCCGAUGAAACUGCAGUCAAAGCUACAGAGUAUAGGGACGUUCUUAUUUUGUUCAGGUUUGAUGAUAGGGAUCUCCCAUUUAAACUAAAGCAAAUAAUAACACCUGACCUGAGGUUACUUCGUUUGUUAGAGGCUGGUCUCCCAUCUUGGGCCCUUUUUCUUCAAUCAUAUCCUGGCUUUUGCCAUAUCUAUCGCCCAUGGAUGUGCCCUCUGGCCAGAGCUCUAUAUGUUUUGAUUUCAAUCAUUACUGUUCUAAUAGGAUUUUUUGACCUAUACAAAAAUGUCCCUCUUCUUAAGGCAGCUGCGUCUCAUUUAUGUGGACCACUUCUUGAUUGGAUUGAGAACUGGGAGAUGGUAACGAGGAUCAAGUACUUGGGAACUAUGCUAUUUCUUCAAAACUUUGAGAAGGCCAUGCACUGGUUAUGGGUGGUUUUGCGUGCUAGUCGGUCAUUUUUCUCUUUUCUUAAUCUACCAUUGGCAGGACCACUUAUGGAACUUCUGGAAUUCCUCUUUCCAAUUUGGAAUAUAUUUAGUGAAGUAAUAGAAAGCAUGUUUUCGAUCAUAUGUAUUGUGAUUGGUUUUGUCUACAGUUUACUGGAUGAUUUCAUGGAUGUUGUACUAAUGCCUAUAUGGUUCAUUAUCUCAGUUCUCAGUAACAUUGCAACUUCCGUCCUGUAUCCCAUGUUUUUGAUUGUUUGGGAAAUGCUGUAUGCCCCGAUCCGCCUGGUCCUUGCAUUAGCCAGUUCUUUGGCCAAUAUGUGUGCCUUCAUCAUUGAUUUUGUUGGAGAUAUAUGGGAGUUUUUAAGUAGCAUGAUAGAGGUUGCUUCAGAAGCGGAAGCAACAGUGCACAGCGCUCAGGAAGUUUCAAUGUGGCGUUCACUUUGGAGUGACCUCUUAUCCCAGAUAUUCCGCGCUCUCAGAAGUAUAUUAUAUGGUUUUGCGGCUUUCUUUGACGCUUGCAACCGGCAUCGCCUCAGCAUUUAUAAUCACGUACUGGGUUUUAUUCAAAGACAACCUGCCCAUGGAGUCCCGAGAUCACGAGUCUCAGAUCCGGGACGUAAUAAAUCAACAGAUGGACAUCAAUAUCUGACAGAGGCGAGCAGGAGUCCAAAGUAAAUGGAGUCUUAUCUCAUUGUGAUGACUUUUUAACUUGCACUUCCAUACGGAUAGGUUAGAGC